ACUUUCCUGAAAGAUAGCGAUAAACAGCUCGGGAUCUGGUUGCUGUAUUCCUCUGCAAGGCAAACAUCGGGAUACACCUAUUCGUUAGAUAGUUGCAUAUGCGAAAUUAGUAGCGUUCGGUUUUUGAACAAUGAUCUUACAGAACAGUUGAUGCGGUUGAUCGCCUUCAUGUUAGCCCUAGAGCUAGGGGCACGGCACUGGGCCGAGGCAGAUCACUAGCACUGAAUCCUAGAGCCGCGAUUACAUCUGUGGAUACUAUUAAGUAGUGCGGCUAGCGUAGCGUGGGACCGCUUCGUGGCUAUCGGACGAAAUGGCGGACACCAUGGCGCAACUGAAGACCCAGGCCGUCGGCGAGUGGGAGGUGGUGGGCGACUGCUUCUUCUCCCGGGAGCUGCUGUACGACAUGUGCUGGGGCGACUUCGACACCGCAGACAAGCGCCUGGCCUGCGCUCCCUUCGGCGGCCCCAUCGCCGCCAUCCGCGACGAGCGCCGCAUCGUGCUGGUGGGCCCCCCCUCACAUGCACCCGCCGCAGCUGCGACCCACGGGUCGGCCGCCUCCGCCGCCCUCCUCACGGGUGACGCCGGGGGCCUGAAACCCGUGCUGCGCACGUUCAGCGCCUCGGGGGUGUCUCUGGGUGCGGCGGUGUGGGAGGGCGGCCGGCUGGCGGGGUGGGGGUGGAGCGAGGAGCAGCAGCUGGUGGUGGUGGAGGC